AUGUCGCUCGGCGGCUUUGGUACAGGGGCGAACGCUGGUGGUUUCGGAGCGAAACCUGCAAUGGCGACUGGCUUUGCCGCGACUCCAUCGACAGGAGCAGGAACUGGCACACCGGGUCCUGUGAACGGUGGCCAUCGCUUCGGAGGCUUUGGCACCAGUGCCGCAGCGGCUGGCGGCUUUGGGGCCCCGCUUUCUGCCCCUGGCGGCUUCGGAGCACCAGCGGCAACGGGCUUCGGUGCAAAGCCCGGCUUCGGCACUGCGCCUGCUACUGGAGGCUUUGGUGCUGGCGGAGGGUUUGGCAUCGGUGCGACGACAGGAGGCACUGGUGGCUUUGGUUCGACGGCAACCUCUAGCCUCGGUGUCGGCCGCGGUGGUGGCUUUGGCAUGGCAGGCGGGUUCGGGAGUACGACCGCUCCUGCUGCACCGACGGCUCAGCAGUACCCAUAUCAGGGUAUCAAGGGUCCCGGUAAUGCCACCAGCUGGGCACGCGACAUUGACUUUUCUCAGGUGACGGAGCAGGUCCGAUUUGAGGCUCUACCGCAGCCGCUGCAGCAGCACCUGAUGGAGCUGCGCAGUUUCAUGCACGCGGAGCGAGACGCGGCGAAGAAGGUGUAUCUGUACUUCAACGAGUCUGAUGAUGCCGACUCGGCUGCUGGUGCGAUCGCCACCAGCGCUACCGGGAGCUCUUCUCCUACGGCGUCUUCCUCCAGCUAUCGUCAACUCCUUGCCCAGAUGGCAGCACUGAAGGGUGGCGGCAAUCGUGCCGUCGAUCUUGUCGCGGUGCACUGCAACCAGCAUGAAGGGCAAACGCGUCGUCAGCUACAGCGUCUUGAGAAGUUGGAGGCCAACAUCCGCGACUACGAGCGACACGUGUGGGAACCGUUGCUGGAGCAAGGGCUGCCAUCGUCACUCGCCGGCAGUGGAAUGAAUGCCUGCGGUGGGGCGUAUCGUCCCGCCGUGAGCAACGGUGCCGCCUCUCCUUUUGUGGCCUUGGUCGAGGAGUUGAGCCAUCGCAUGGAUCACGUCAGCAGCGCUCUCACUGAGCUGGAGGCAACGCUGGUACCGCCAGGUCGUUCGUUGCGCGGCGCUGGCGUGGGUGGUUGUCGCGGUCACCACAACGGCAGGGCCAUCUCGAACGACGCGAUUGCGCAGAUUAACGCCGCCCUGGUGUACGAGCUGAAUCAGCUACGAGACUCCUCUUCUGUGGCUGCUCACCUGCACAGUCGCACCGACAUCGCCCGCGAACUCUUCACGCGCCAGUACGGACAGGCGGAGGCGGACGUGCUCUUUGCCGAUACCGAGCAGCAGCGCAAUGGCAUGACUCUGUUCCGUCGGGCAUCGCCAUCGACGUACUUCGACAUUCCUCCGCUCCCACAGCAGUCGCAGUCGCCUGCCGCGGCAUCGGCUGCAACCACCACUAUGGGCAUCACUGCUCCGGCCACCGGAUUUGGGGCAGGCACCACUUCUGCGCUGGGCGGAGGUAUCGGUGCGACUUCCGGUGGUGGUGCCUUCGGAGCAGCCCCCGCCGCCGGUGCAGCUGGGGCGGCGACGACUGGAGGAUUCAGCGCCCCUGCAACGGCUGCGGCAGCACCAGCAGGAGGCGGUGUCGUAGGUGGGUUUGGCUUUGGUGCGACUGCACCGGCCGCUACUGGCUUCGGCGCUGCAGCGGGCGGAACGACGUCGACCCCAGCGGCAGGUCUGGCCACAGCCGUUGGCGGUUUUGGGGCAGCACCGACGGCUGGGGGCUUUGGGGCUGCUUUGGCUUCUGCCACUGCUGCGCCAGCUGCUACUGGGGCUCCACCCUUCGCGCCAUCCUUGGGCCCUGCGGCCCCUGGCUCUGCGCCAACUGUCUUCAACUUGGGUGGUGGUGCUGCAGCUACAGGCACUGGCUUUGGGAUGGCACCGGGUAAGUCUGGAAUUGGAGGCGGUGACGAUCGCCCAUCUCGGCGGGCUCGCUAA